AACAGAGCUGUGCGCAUGUGCAACGAGCAUAGCAACACUACGGGGCAGCGGAGAAGACGAGGGAUCGCUUAUGCGCAUUUUUGCUACGAAAAGAGACAAAUCACCCCAAACACACCUGCAGGAAUCAUGGGGAGUGUGUUCCUGCCGGCGGACGCGGCCCACUCCGUGCUGCGACGGCUACGCAGGGCCAACUUCUUGCUAGAGGAGAUGAAGCAGGGUAACAUCCAGCGGGAAUGUCGUGAGGAGAUCUGCACCUAUGAAGAGGCCCGUGAGGCCUUCGAGAAUGACGAAAAGACGAGACGAUUCUGGGAGGAAUAUGUGAGGGAAAGUAGCCCAUCUGGAGGGCUGGAGACAGUGGUGGGCGGAGUCAACUCCCUCUACUUGAUCGUGCCAUUGCUGCUGGUGGUGCUCAUCAUUGCCGCCGUUGCCAUCACUGUGUGGCGCUGCCACUCACGUAAGCGCUCACAGGGCAGCCCCAGCUUGGGACACUCGCAUCAGGACCAUGUCCUAUCAGUGGUCUCCAUGGACCAUUGGGGGAGGGAUUACCACCAUGGUGACCAUUCAGAACUCAGCGUCCACAGCAGCCCAGCUUAUCCAGGCUCAGAGCUCACAUCAGGAAGAGGAAGCGCUGGAGACCCUCCACCGUCUUACGAGGAGGCUGUAGGCCAUGCAGACGUCCAAAUAGAGACGGAGCCUCCUCCACAGUACGAGGAUAUAGUCAACACCAGCUCUUCUAGCGGCAGCGGAACCCACGGGAAGUAAACCCUUCUAUCACUACCAACCCAACAAAAAGCCCUAAUCCACACUAAAAACACACUGCAUUAUCAUCAAGCAGUGCCACUGCUGUUGUAUCACCAGCCUUCCCCACUCAACAAACACUAUUAACUGUGUGGUCAGUGGACUAAUGCAAUCUUUGCUGGAGCCAGCUCUGUUAAAAUUUGCACUAACCUUUUAUCAGUGAGGUGAAGUGACAGCAGGAAGGAGCAAAUGAUUAUGCCAUACAGAUACCAAGCAACACUUCUGCUGAUUUUACUCUAGUUGCAUCUAUUGCUGUUACUCUGUAGCAAAUCCUUGAACUCAGCAGGCAUAACAAAUGAUGCAUGUGGCAUAAAGAUGUUACCAUAAUGAAGGUGUAUAUGGGGUUGGACUGAUGCGUUAUUGAAAGUGAGUGCCAAUUCUUUAGACUUGCGUGAUCAAUAGCUAAUAACUACUUCUAACACUAGAUAUGUAAAUAUAACCUAAAUAAAUAAAUAAAUAAAUAAAUAUAAAUAAAUAAAUAAAUAAAGGGAAACCCACCAAAAUUAAGUUCCAUCAAGCAGUUUUUGAAGUUUCCAGGAAUAAACUCGAACUCAUUCUUUUUAUGUCUCCUUGCCAACCUGUAAACAAACAGCCAUCUACUCAUCAGCAACAUCAGUAACCCCCUUAAGUUAUGUGGUGCGUUCCAUUUACCUGGAAACUUGGAAGUCAGAGCUAGGAAUGACAUCGCACUCGAGUUAACCUGGUUGGGAGUUGGCGACAAGUCGGGAAGCAACAUGGAGUACCUUUGUUUUGUUUUAACAACACACUACUUGAUUGUUUUUGCGCAAAAACAUGACAUGUCAACAGAUAUAACUUUUACAAUACUAAUGGUGUUUUUGAUUGAAUUACACAAAAAGAGGAUUAAGUUAAAAGUAACACAAUAGUUACUGCUUAAACAUUACUGUUGAUGCACGUAGCAGCCAUGUUGGAUUUUUAACACGGGCUACUGAAGGUUCUCCGAGUUUCCAUGUCAGAAUUCUGGACUUCGGGAAGGGGCCUCUUAAUACCGUUUUAGUCGGGCAACUCAGAAUUUCCGACUUCCUAGAUCAAAUGGAACACACCAUUAUUCCACUGUUUGCUACCAGUGGACUUCAGACCAAUAUUUUCUCCUUAGCUCUGUUUUUCAAGGGUUUACUUAGAAAAAGAUGUGGGUCUGUAGCUUCCUAAUAAUGAAACUUCUUAACCUGAGGUUAAGCAGCGUCAGGUAGAUAAUAUAACGUUAUUGUGCAUUGUUGUCAAAGACUGUGAAUGGCUGCCCAGGAUCUUCUCUUGUGAAGUUAGCUUUUAGACUCACCAACAUAGUGGAUGAUAAAGCUACAGAACCCCAGCGGCCAACACUGUGUCAAGAGGCUAAAGUUUGGCGUUGGUUCCCAAUGGGUAAGGAACUCAUUGACCUAAAUGUUUGAAAAGUUGCCAAACAAAUGCAUCAGUCCAACUUCAGAAAACACUUUGAAAUGUUUUUAACUCAAAAUGUUUCAACAUUAAGAUACGGCCAUUAGUUACGGGAGGUGCUGACAUGUUUGUAAUACUGUAUGUGUGUAUGUUUUGUACUGCAUGUGGCUUGGUCUGUUCACCUGAGGUUCAUCUUCGAGCACUAUUUCCUGACGGUCAGUGCUCACUGACUUACAUCCACCUCCGGGUUGCUCUGAGCCUGCUUUUACUGUGAAAAUCUUUCCCUAACCUUUACUCCUACAGCAAAUGUAACCGUGUUAUGUGACGAUGGAUUCUCCUGCUGUGCCACUUUCAGUAAUAGUACAUAGAAGAUUCUUCAAAUAAGUCUGCAGCUACACCACAAAGGUAUGCUGCACAGGAAUGUGGGACAGAAAGCAAUAGAGACUGAAGAAUUUUGUGAUAGGAGUCAACAGAGAGAAGAGAUUGUGUAUUUCACAUCACUAUGGACAGAGUUAAGCAUGUGUAAUGUACCUGUAUACAAAUAUUUAGUCUUUGUGUGAAAAGUAAGUUACAGUGAGAUUGUUUUUUACUGCAUAGGAGUGCGGUGAACGAGUUGAUGUGUGGAACUAUUUGACAGUAGGUUGUGACUAAAUGAAGGCACUUUGUGAUUAAGCUCAAACUGUGCUGUUUGAUGAAAACUAGGACAGGUUUGGUUUAACGUCGUCAACGUCACUCUCGGCCACGAUGUCACUGUAAUCCUCUCAAAGUGCUCACACUUUAUAUGCAACGUUGCUGCAUACACUCAAAAAACCAAAUAUACCUGUCUUAUGUCUGUGAAUACUGAUACAUGUAACAUUUCCUGUCUGCACCUCACAGACUCUGAGCACUGAUGAUUAUCUUAUAUCUUUUUUUUUGUGAGUUGACCUGUGAACCUCAGCACUUGCUAUGACCACAACUGAGUUGUGCUGGUGGAGGUAGCCAUUUUGGUUGGGUCAGUUGUUGUACUGUUACUUGCAGAGCUCUUUUUUUACAAUGCCUUAUAAAACAACAAAUAUGUUAUAUAACAUUAAAUGCAAGGGAACUUGUUAUAAAUCCUUGAUAUGUGCAAAAGCUUGAAUUAAUUUGUAAUAAAACAUUUAAAAA